CCAAAUAAUGUUGCAAUUAUAAAAUCGAAACAUACCAAACCAAAAACAAAAAAACCAUUGGAAAUGUUGCAGAGUCAUGAACAUAAGUCGAUUAGAUAUAGCUUAUAGGAGACUAUUGUUGACCAAGUACUUUACGAAAGGAUGGGGCGAACCGAAGAACCUGAUCUCGAUUAUGGAGUUCAGGAAGAUCAUGUCGAACAGAGAUACUUGCUAUAGAUUAGUCGACAAAAAUCACCAGAUCAGCAUACAAAAAAAGAAAAUGAGUAAAGACUGCAACAUUUAUGACGGCUCAUUCACGUGCCCCCUCGUCCAGUAUUUCCCCGAGUUGAUUCCUCAAAAAGUCCGAACGUGCUAUUUCCAGUUGAUUGUGCCGAAGAACUGGAACGACGACUUCCAUCCAGUCGUGAUGCACUUCGCCGGAACUGGUGAUCAUUAUUUUUGGAAAAGGCGAAACCUUAUGGCGAAGCACUUACUGAAGCGUGGCAUCGCCUCGAUUAUUAUUGAAAAUCCGUUUUACGGCUUAAGAAAACCGGAAUCCCAAGUCAGGUCGUGCUUGCACUACGUCAGCGAUAUUUUCGUAAUGGGUGGCUGUUUGAUUUUGGAAAGCAUAGCGUUGAACCACUGGCUGGAGAACAACGGAUUCGGUCCGUUGGGACUGACAGGAAUAUCGAUGGGGGGACACAUGGCCUCUCUGGCGGCCACCAACUGGCCAAAACCCAUUGUUCUGGUGCCGUGCCUCUCGUGGUCCACAGCUUCCAACGUUUUCACCGAAGGUGUGAUGAUGGAAUCCAUAAACUGGGGGAUGUUACAAAAACAGUACACCUCCAACAAUCUAUUUUACGACUCCUUGUCGAAAAUGUGUAACAUAGUCGAUCAGCCCUUUUGCAACCGUAUGCUGCGUGAUUUCCAGGUUGAAAUCAUGGGUGAGACAAAUCGCGACCAUCUGACUCCAUUCGAACUCCUCAACCUCAUCAAUUCGAACUGUGCCACCCCAGAACUCGAAGCUCAAUCGCUCGACGAUUUUGUAUCGAAGGUGCGAAUAUGCAAACGUUCCAAACCAAAAAAGGAGGCGAUAGUCUUCAUGAGGUCGAUCAUGGACGAGUGCACCCAUCUUAAAAACUUCUCCACCCCCGUAGACACUACGCUAGUUACGGCUGUGUGUGCAGAUACCGACGGCUACGUGCCGAGAUGUGGAGUGGUGGAUUUGAAGAAACUGUGGCCCGGUAUUACAGUACGGUACAUCAAAGGUGGACACGUGGGCGCCUGCAUCUGGCACAGGAACAUGUUCGUUAAGUGCAUAGACGAGGCCUUCGAACGAGCCAAGGUGAAACUAGCUCCUCCAGAAAAGAAAAUGACUCAGACUGUUUAGUGUUGUUCGAAUAAAAUGUCACUAUCGUUUGUUUU